AUGGCCACUCCAGCCCACGGCACUGACGGGCCUGAGCCCCUCUCGGAGAAACGGUCCCACAAUCCCGCCGAUUGUCUUGUCGAAGAAGGUAAACCAACCGACCAGCUCGACUACUCUGGCGCGACCAAGAAGACCGACCCGGCUGAGAUCGCCCUGGUCCGUAAACUUGACCGCUGGAUCUUGCCCACGCUAUGGUUCAUGUACUGGCUCAACUACCUUGACAGGAACGCGAUCGCCACAGCCCGUCUGAACAAUCUCGAGAAGGACCUCAACCUGGCCGGCACGCAAUACCAAACCUGUGUUUCUAUCCUCUUUGUGGGGUACCUUUUCGGCCAGGUUCCUUCCAAUAUGCUCCUUACGCGUGUCCGGCCUUCCUAUUAUAUGGCGAGUUGCAUGGCUCUGUGGGCUGUAGUCAGCGCGUUGACUGCCGUCUCUGUGGACUUCAAGAGUCUCCUUCUUGCUCGCUUCUUCCUCGGCAUCACCGAAGCUCCUUACUACCCCGGUGCGCUAUUCCUGCUCUCCAUCUUCUAUACACGCAAAGAGAUUGCCACACGCAUCUCUAUCCUCUACACCGGCAAUGUCCUCGCCACCGCCUUUGCUGGCCUCAUUGCCGCCGGCGUCUUCCAUGGUAUGGACGAUCUCGCAGGAAUUACCGGCUGGCGAUGGCUCUUCAUCCUGCAGGGAAUCGUCACCUUCGUAAUUGCGAUGGUAUCUGCAUUCACGCUGCCCGACCACCCGCUCACCACCCGCUGGUUGACGCCCGAGGAGAGGCAGCUAGCACAUGAACGCAUCGAACGCGACACAGUUGGCAACCGGUUCCAGUCUUCCACCUGGAACGGAUUAAAGGAGGCGGUAACCGAUCCAAAGUUGUGGCUCUUUGUGUUCAUCCAAACGAUGCACCUUGCAGCCAACGGUUUCAAAAACUUCUUCCCAACAGUCGUCGAGACUCUAGGUUUUAGUACGACCGUCACUUUGGUUCUGACUUGCCCUCCUUACAUCAUUGCCGGUGCUGUCGCUGUUUACUGGUCCUGGCAGUCAGGGAGGUUCAAUGAGCGCACGUGGCACAUUACAGGUGCAAAGGCCGUUGCUAUCAUUGGUUUCGUGCUGGCUAUGGCUACAUCGAACGUCGGUGCCCGAUACUUUGCAAUGGCCGUCUUCACCACGGGUACCUAUGCUGUCAACUCUAUUGUACUCGGUUGGGUUGGGUCGACCUGUGGUCAGACCCGUGAGAAGAAGGCCGCGGCACUCGCCAUUGCCAACAUGGUCGCUGGUAUCACCUUGAUCUGGACUCCUUAUCUCUGGCCGUCUUCCGACAGUCCUCGCUACGUCACUGCGAUGUCGUCCUCUGCUGCAUUCUCGGUUGGGUGUGCCGGCGGUGCGUGGAUCAUGAGGUUCUGGCUCAUACGCGAGAACAAGAAGCUCAGGCAGAGCGAGGACCAAGCCACAGUCUUUUAUGCUUACUAA